UAGUUAUAUAUAUAUAUAUAUAUAUAUAGAUACAACAUAUAUGUCUCUGAUAAUUUGAACUUUCUUUUGAGAAACAUUUCAAUUUGAAUUUCUAAAAAAUGGCGGUAGAAGAUCCUAACCUAAUGGCCUCGCUCUACGUCGGCGAUCUGCGGGCAGACGUGACGGAGAAUGAUCUGGUCGAGGCAUUCGAACGCGUCGGUCCGUUGCUGUCCGUUCGCAUUUGCCGCGACAAGAUCAGCCGGAAGUCCCUCUGCUAUGGCUACGUCAACUUCUGGCUUCCCUGCUACGCUUCUGCUGCUCUACAACGUCUGAACCACACCCGAUUGAAGGGAAAACCGAUGAGGAUUAUGUGGUGCGAGAGGAAUCCAAUGGCCAGGAAGAACAACAACGCAAAUCUCUUCGUGAAAAAUCUCGACCUGUCGAUUACCGGUGCUCGAUUGCAGGAGAUAUUCUCAAAAUACGGAACCAUACUUUCUUGCAAAGUAGCUGAAGAACGGGGAAUCAGCAAAGGCUUUGGGUUCGUUCAAUUUGAUUCUGAAGAUUCAGCCAUUGCAGCUCUCCAUGCCCUUCACGAUUCGGUGCUCGAAGGCAAGAAAUUAUACGUAUCCAAGUUUCUCACAAGAACUGAGAGGAAGAAGGAUUUGGAACACAUUUUCAAAAACCUGUAUGUGAAAAAUCUAGACGAGGAUAUAGCAGAGGAAAACCUCAAAGAAAAAUUUUCGGAACAUGGGAAGAUACUUAGCGCUGUCAUAAUAAAGGAUGAGAAUGGGAAAUCGAGAGGGUACGGGUUUGUUAACUUCGAAUCACAUGAAGGGGCUAAGAAGGCAAUGGAGGUUCUGAAUGGAGGAUUGCUUGGAUCGAAAACUCUAUCAGUGGCAUGGGCUCAUAAAAGAGGUGAAAGGAUGCAAAAUCUCAGGCAACUACAUGGAUACAAGUGUGAUGAUCAGAGCAAGCAGCUAAAGGCUUCAAAUCUGCAUGUAAAGAAUCUUAGUCCAUAUGUUGAUGAGAGAAAACUGGAAGAACACUUUAGCUGUUUUGGUAAAAUUGUUUCUGCUAAAGUAAUUCGGAAUGUAGAUGGAGUAAGCAAAAAUUUUGGUUUUGUACGAUUUUCAUGCCCUGAAGAGGCAAAACAAGCUUUGACUUCAUUAACUGGAACUGAUUUUGAGGGAAGGACUAUUCAUUUGACGUUUGCUCAUCGCCAGGAGCGACAAACUGGCGAAAUGCUGAAAUUAUGCUCAAAGCUCCCAGUGCAGCCGCAUUGUAUCUCUACUUGCCAGCCACUGGAUUGUUGUCAGUUGCCUUUUUGUAGUCCUCUAACGCCAUUUAUACAACUCAAUCAAAUGAAUCCGAUGUUCUAUCAGAAUUUCGCUGGACAUCUCAGUUCAUGUAAUUCGUUUCAAGGUCAAGACUUCCCAAGAAUCUUCAACACAUUUCCUUUCUGCAAUGCUGCUUUGGAUCAGUGCAGACAAUAUCAUAUAAAGCCCUCCAGCGACCGAUCACUAAACAAGUAUACAGGUGAUGUGAAGGAAUACUGUAAAGGGUAUGGCGCUAUGAGAGCUUCUCUCACGAUCCCAUCUCCUAAGGUUUGCAAAACAGGGCAGUCCAGUAAUAAGUGGCACCCACUUGUUCAGAAUCUUCAGCCGGGACUUGCAGCGAGUGGGCAUGAAUUGCAGUUGGAAAUGGAGAAGGCAAAGUGUGAAGCCUGGAGGAUAAUGAAUCCAUCAAGGUCCUCGGUGAAUGCAAACUGAAAGCAGAGGGGAAAAAUAGGAUAUGUUCCUGCUAUCUUCACUUCUUAUCUCUUAAAACACAUUUUUGUGCUCUCUAUAACUCAUAAUAACUCGUCAUUGUGAAUGACCUGCAGCAAAUUCUUACAAGUGCUCUGUACCUGUUGUGCUUUUGAUGUAUAGUUCAUACUAGAAUCACAACGAAUGAAAAAGGCACAAUGAUUGUGCCAUUUUUCUUGUCUUUGUGAACCAAAAAUAAUUGAUAAAUGGUAAAAGAAAUGGGGGAUUUGAUGCCAAUAUGUUUGCUUCUUGCGCUGUCUAGCUCUUGCCAUUCUCUACAUUAGGUUGUUUGAUUCAGAUAUAUACUGUGGAGUAUGUUUCUAAACUAUGCUUCUC